AUGAGCGAGACCGCCGGGGCCCGCCUGACUGAGUCUGGCGCCGUCGCUGGCGCGUUGAAGGACGGGAAGAGGUUCGGAGCUGGUAAGGGAGCACAGCGGGUUCUGCUGCAAAGCGAGCCCAACGUCGCCGAGCCUGCCUAUGCCGGCCACGGCACUGGUCCGACACGGGCUCAAGGCGACGCGGGCGCCCCGAUGGCGUCCGCCUCGCGCGACACACCGCGGGCCCAGGGAGCAGCGGGGGGGGGGCGUGUGGACCGCUGGACGCUGGCGGACUUCGACAUCGGCCGCCCGCUCGGACGCGGGAAGUUCGGCAACGUCUACCUGGCCCGGGAGAAGAAGAGCAAGUACAUUGUGGCCCUCAAGAUGCUACACAAGCGGCAGCUCCAAGCCAGUAGCGUCGAGCACCAGCUGAGGAGGGAGAUCGAGAUCCAGUCGCACUUGCGGCACCCGAAUAUACUGAGGCUGUACGGCUACUUCUACGACGAGCACCGCGUGUACCUCAUCCUGGAGUACGCGGCGCGGGGCGAGCUGUACAAACAGCUCCAGGCGCGCCGGCGAUUCGACGAGGGCACGACCGCAACGUACAUCGCGUCGCUUGCACAGGCUCUCCUGUACUGCCACAAGAAGCACAUCAUCCACCGCGACAUCAAGCCAGAGAACUUGCUGAUCGGCCUGAAUGGCGAGCUGAAGAUCGCGGACUUCGGCUGGUCUGUGCACGCGCCGUCGUCGCGGCGCCACACGCUGUGUGGGACCUUGGACUACUUGCCCCCCGAGAUGAUUGAAGGCGAGGGGCACGACCAGCAAGUCGACGUGUGGUCGCUCGGCGUGCUGUGCUACGAGUUCCUCUACGGAUCGCCCCCCUUCGAGGCCGCGGGCCACUCGGAGACGUACCGGCGCAUUCUCAACGUCGACCUCAACUACCCGGACCGCACCCCCGUGAGCGACGGCGCCAAGUCGCUCAUCUCUGGCUUGCUGCGCCGCGAGCCGAGCAGCAGGAUGCCGCUGGAGGAGGUCCUGUCGCACCCGUGGAUCAGGCAGAACGCGGACAAGCGCGCACUGGCGGGGACGUUGUGA